AUGUAUGGUGCUCUUUGCUACCCUCCCGUUACCUCGACCCCUCACGUCAUGAAAUACCGGUUUGAAUCUGAUGUCACACCAGCUCAUCUGCGUUGGGAAUGGAUUUCCUUCUCACGACAGCAGACACGUCUCGUAAGAGGAUCAACAGAUGCGUCGGACUCUAUAACUCCAGUGUAUGAGUGCCUGAUGGACUACAUCUUGCGCAUUCUUGGCAUUCCACGUAGGGUUACGUUAAGAGCACUGCUAAAUCCAGAGAACAAGAACGUCUGCUCCAAUUUCCUCCAAGCCAAAGAUCCACCGAGUGCUGCUCUGAUCGUCGGGAUCCAAUCCCUCAAUGAUCGCCACUCAGUAGGUCUAAGACCUUCCUUUUCCAGUCCUCAACGAUGCUAUUACAGUAAAGCUUUGGAUCCAUCCAUGGUGGCGUCAUUUCAAAUAAAGUUCUCAAAUGCUGCUACAUUUCCCCAGAAAGUAGAAGGAAUCCUCUUUUUGGACAUUGGAUUAAAGGAAGGGCCUAUCACGGCGCAAAACUUCAAAUCGGUACCUACUCUUCGCCUUAUUUUCAUCAAUUCGAGGCAUCACUUUAUAUACAUUUCCAUUCGAUUUCAGCGAGUUCUCAUUAUGCGACGACUCUACCCCGUUCCAAACAUGUACAACUGGUUAUCCCAAAUGAUCAAAGCAUUUUUCGUUCCUGCUAUGCAAGCACAAGAAGCGAAUCUGGGAAAGAUGACUCAUCAGGCAAAACAAUCCUUCAUCUUCGCGGUUAACGAGUACUUGGAGGCCCUCGAAACAAAUGACGCAUGCGCUAAGGAGAAAUUCAAGCUUGCUCCCUGCCGCGAUAUUGACAUCGAAGUUCUCCAAGACUCUCACCGUGUUCAAGAGGCAGCUCGCAACUUGAAAGACCUUGGGUUACUAGAGGAAUGUGUCUGUCAUUGGAUGAGACAAGUGUCCUUGGAGGUUCAAGAAAUCGACAUGAUACGCGAGGAGGUGUCCAAUAGUGGACCACGGACAGAAAUGAGAUUCUGGAGGCAACGCGCCACACGGUACAACCUAAUUAUGAAGGAGAUGAACGCUCCUUUGGUGAAGAAAACACUGACUGUACUCACGGUGGCUAGUUCAAAUACCCUCUCGACUUGGAAGGAACUGGAUGAUCGUGUAGUGGCCAUCCACUGUGAGGCACUAAAGAACGCCAAGUUUCUCCAAGUUAUAAUUCAGCGGUGUAACCCUCUGUACAGAUACGAAAUCAAUGAAAUGAAGAAAGAAGUGGGCAAUCUGAUGCACUGUUUGCAGUGUCUCUACAGCUACUCACCACACUACCGAUCCUUCGCCCACAUGUCCAUCCUGUUUGUGAAGAUAACGAAUCAGAUGAUAAUCAGUUGCCGAGGAUACAUAGUAGACUCCAGUCGAGGCCCCAUGUGGAGUCAGGACCUGGAUCAACUGACUGAGCGUCUGAAAGACUGCAUCGAGUUAAAAAAAGCCUACCAGAAUGCCUAUUACAAGGUGCAGAAGAAUACGCGAGACGACCAAAAGGUUAUGAAGUUCUCCGAGGCUCAAAUCUUUGGAGACUUCAACGCGUUUGUCGCACGCGUGGAAGCCAUUCUACACAUUAUCGAGAGUAUCAAAAAAUUUGCUGUUCUUAGGAACGUUCCCUUUGAUGGGAGAGGCAAAUUGGUGGAGCACUUUGAGAAAAUCUACGACUUCAUCACUAGUAGGAGCUACGAUUUUCUCGAUCUGGAGAAUACACAAUUCGUCGAGGACUUUGAACAGUUCGGUUCAGAGAUGAAGAUUCUUCAGGAAAACCUUCAAGCUGCCUAUAAUGCUCAGUGCAAUCACAGCCCAACAGUUCUCCUGAAUUUGCGGCAAGCGUCAAAGUUAAAGCGCGCUCAAUUGCCUAUUCUGGAGCAGGAGAGUCGAUAUAGACGGCUGAUUACCCAGUUACGGUCUGAGUUUGAUGAGAUUAGCGAUAUUUACACCCGCGAUGCCGACAGCCCUCCAAUUCAACGCAACUUCCCUCCUUACUCAGGUCGAAUUGCAUGGGCGCGCAACUACUACCUUCGAAUGGCGGAACCGAUGUUAUUGCUCUAUAGUCAGUCUCCCUCCGUCUGCAAUUCGCGAGAGGGUCAGCGAACGAUCCGUCAGUUUAAUCGUAUCAGUGAAGCUCUUGUCGCCUACGAAAUUACUGUCUUUCAGGCCUGGAAAAAAUCCGCAAGUCUUCGAUUCCACUCUAUCUUAGGUCAACUCUCCGGCCUUCACGCCUCAAUUCUAACCGUACAAAAGACAUCUACCCAAGUUACUUAUAUGGCCAACUUUGAUGAGAAUAUCCGCAUGCUACUGCGGGAAAUAACUUGUCUUGAUCACCUGGGAUGUCCAAUUCCAACAUUAGGCGAGGAACUGCACAGACGAGCCCUCUUCCUCAAAAAGCGCCUGGAUAAAGUUCAGAAUAUGCUUCGUUACAAGAACCGUGUGGAGCAAAUGAUUCCCCCAAACUUGGAGAAGCUCUUUGUGGUUCGCAUCCACCGUAUAAAUGAGGCUCUGGCACCGGGACUCUACAUACAUGACUGGUAUAGCUCGCUCUUUGACAAGUGGAUUGCGAACUGUGAGUCCGUUAUACGCGGCCUCGAGAGGACGGUGAAAGGUGCGCAGGAUAUAUUGGACUACCGAAUUGAGCCAACUUUGGCUGCGAUGGGCCGAUGCAAAUUCGUCCGAUUUCCUGACCAGCCAGGGACGCACCCCUACGAGCUGCCUAGUGGACGGGGGAAUCCAACGGUUCUCACUAUUGCCUCUUCUACCAUCACCUCCGCUGUCACUUCUGCUGGUGUCACUUCGAGCAGUGCCUCUUCUGUUUCCGCCAGAGCCUCCGCCUCGGUCGGAUUUCAUCUGCAGAGUCGCCGGGAGCCGGGUGUGGGGUGGAGUUUGGGCGAGUUCAUCCGGACCACUGUCGAACAGGCGAAUAACGCCGCUGCGUUGCUCCAGCAGCUCUCGCAAAUUGUCUUUGAGGCGGCUGAGGCCUACGCCACAACGGCGUUGGCAGAUUUUGAUGCGUUUGUAAAGCUAUUUGGGGAACGUUAUCGCAAAGAAGGACCGGAGAUUAGUUUAAGUGUUUAUGCUGAAGAGGCUUCAGAAAGUCACUUCACCUCUCCUUCCACAAUUGAUGCCAAGGAAGACGACAACGGAACUAGCAUGCAGCAGGAAGCGAAGAAGAUUAUCAUGCAGACUGCAAGCGCAGUUGACGAAAUGAUUCGCAAUUUCGGACAGUUUGCAGUAGAGGCAGUGAUAAAGUCGGUGCGAGGAUCUCUGGACGACUUGUGGCGCAUUUUUGGUAGUAGAGAGUGUCUUGGCCUAUUGAAAGACGUCGAAAUGGGUACUAAAACACGAGCAGGCCACCUCAAGCCGACAGCUACCGUGCGAUGUGAGGUGGUGCUACAAGGGGACCAUCUCAACCUAAGGCCUUCCCUCGAAGAAAUCCAAGCCGGUUUGAAAAAUUGCAUAAAGGCUAUCCUUUCUUCAACAAAGAAUAUUGGAAAGUGGUCAGAAGUUGGCCGGUUAAGUGCUGUCCAUGGCAGCUCAGUACAGACGAAUGAACAGGAUGUAAAUUGCUACACUGACGUUCGUCAUGACAAAGAGAUUUACAAACUGCAAUCUCUUCUUCUUACCUGGAUCAACUCGACGAAAAAAGUCAACUUUCUUCCCGGAGGUCAAAUACUGGAACUGGAGUCAGUCAUAAGCCCCUUUCAGGACUUCCUCUACCUUUGGACCACUUCGCCUUUAGAGCGCCUUCAGGAGUUUCUCAACGAGCACAGUAUGCCGACGAUAGCAGAGUUAGAGGAGGUCUUCGCGAAGCUCUAUGAGGUGGAAAAGAGCUUAAUUAAUCUUUAUGACAUUUACUACAUUGGACCACUGGAGAUUCACACAAACGGUUUUAAGUAUCUGGCACUGCGUCGGCUGAAGGAGCAUCAGCAAGUCUUUGUGGAUCUCUGUGUUGAACGAUUAAUCUACCCGGUCUUUGCGGAUAUGGCUCAAAUCGAAGCAACUGAUCGUAUCAUUUCAAAGCCACCUAAAACCAUCGCUGACAUUAGCACUGUGAUGGAAGCAAUUUCUAGCUUUAGAGACAUUGAAAUUGCGGUGGAAAUGAGGAUCAUGGUGGCUGAGGAAGCACAGCAAAUCCUGGGCAAGUAUCAGGCACCACUAUCAAUGGAGAUAGUAGAUCGCAUCGAAGCAGUCCGAUGGAUCUUCUACCGCGUCAAGGAUCGCUUAGGCAAGGCGAUGAACGAGUUGCUGACUGUAGAAAGCAAGUAUCGGGAGGAUCUGCGGCAGAGGGCCAUCGUGAUGAAGGACGAAAUCGAUGACUUCAUUGAAGCUUUCAACCAAAAAGGACCCAGGGAACCAAACAUCUCGCAGACUGAGGCAAUGGACCGUCAAGUGAUUUUCCGCAACAACUAUGAGCGAUUGAUGAUGAAGGCGGAGGAGAUACUGCGGGGCCAGCGUCUCUUCGGUCUGCCAGAGAUGAGUCUGGCCAACCUUCGGGCGGUGGGAAAGCAGAUGGAGAUGCUACAACGCCUCUAUAGCCUCUACAGUGACGUGUACAGUGUAGUUAAUCAGGUUCGCGAGACACCCUGGAGAGAGGCCAAUUUUCAGGAGAUUGAAUACGAGCUUCUUGCGUUGCAAACUAGGUGUCUCAAGCUGCCAUCAGUGCUCAAAUCUUCAACUCUUUACUCUGAUUUGGAGACCACGCUCUCGACCUUGGUGGGCAAAAUGCCGAUACUGCAGAUGUUCCGUAAUCCUGCUGUGAAGUCGCGUCACUGGGCCGUAAUCAGUCAGAUUACAGGCCAGCCGAACAUCGACCCAGAGGCAGAUAGCAUGCUCUCAGCUAAGGUCAUCAUUGAUUUGCCCAUUGGACCGGGCGAUGGUGCUAAGCGUGUGGCCGUGGAGGACGUCUGCAUGGGUGCAACACGGGAGAAAGAGAUUGAAGUGAAAUUGCAACGCGUUGCUCAGGACUGGGAGGAGCAGGAGUUCAUUUUAACCACUUUCAAGAAUCGAGGAGAGCUUUUAUUCAAGGGAAGUCGAAUUGCGGAGAUUCAAAGCCUUUUGGAGGACUCCCUAAUGACACUCACAUCCCUCUCCAACAGUAGGCAAGACCAGAUUGCAAAGUGGGUGAAUAAUUUAACAACAGUUAACGAAGUGCUAGACUACUGGGUGAAGGUACAGUCCCUGUGGGUCUAUCUCGAAGCCGUGUUCGUUGGUGGAGACAUCGGGAGGCAGCUGCCAAAGGAGGCGCGACGCUUCUUGACGGUAGACAAGUCUUGGGUCAAGAUCAUUGACCGAGCCCGUGAGACGCCCUCGGUGGUCGUCUGCUGCACCUCUGAUACCACUUUAUUGGAACUCCUCCCACGAAUGCUUGAGCAGUUGGAAAUUUGUCAACGCUCACUUUCGGGUUAUUUGGAGAGCAAGAGGCUCCUAUUUCCACGCUUCUUUUUCGUCUCUGAUCCAGUGCUGCUAGAGAUUCUUGGUCAAGCCUCUACUCCGGAGGCCAUUCAGCCCCAUCUACUCGCAAUCUUUGACAGCAUUCAUCAUUUGCAUUUCGCUGAGGAGAGCGCAUGGAUUUCGGCUGCGUAUUCGGCUCUCAAUGAGGAACUGACUUUGAAUCCACAACUACGGUGUGAGGGUCCUGUGGAAAUGUGGCUGAUGCGACUUCUCAUGACAGUGAAGUAUUCUCUCCUCGAUCGCAUUCGCAUGGCCCACGUUCGGUUGAUGGACGUGGAGCUCAACCUUCAGCAAAUUCUCAAUGAACAGAUCUGUCAGAUGGCUAUCCUGUCCAUCCAAAUGGUGUGGACCCAGGACGCCACUAUGGCCCUGAACGAGUCGAGGGAGAAUCCCAAGAUUAUGACAGAUAUUAGCCAGAGGUUCACAACUCUCUUAGAAAUGCUUAUCAGUAGAACCACCGCGAAUUUGAGCCCACGAGAACGGACGAAAUAUGAAACGCUAAUCACCAUACACCUUCAUCAGAAAGACGUGUUUGAUGAUAUUGUUCAGCAGAGCAUUCACUCCCCGGACGAUUUUGAUUGGCUUAAGCAGACGCGAGUCUACUUUAUGGAUGAGACCACUAUGUGUGUUGUCUCUAUUACCAACGUGAACUUUGAGUAUCAGUAUGAGUUCCUCGGUUGUACAGAGCGUCUGGUUAUCACACCGCUCACCGAUCGCUGUUACAUCACUCUCGCACAGGCGCUCAACAUGUGCUACGGUGGAGCACCGGCUGGACCGGCUGGAACAGGAAAGACUGAGACUGACAUGGGCCGAUGCCUGGGCCAAUACGUCGUGGUUUUCAACUGCUCUGAUCAGAUGGAUUUUCGUGGUCUGGGACGCCUUUUUAAGGGACUUGCUCAAUCUGGUGCUUGGGGAUGCUUCGACGAGUUCAACCGCAUUGAACUUCCUGUCCUCUCGGUGGCAGCUCAACAGAUAGCCAUCGUGCUCUUCGCCAAACGCGAUCAGAAGGAUGAUUUUGUCUUUCCAGAUGGAGAUUUGAUUACGUUGAAUGCCGAAUUCGGGAUCUUUAUCACUAUGAAUCCUGGCUACGCUGGUCGACAGGAGCUGCCGGAGAAUUUAAAGAUGAACUUCCGCACAGUGGCGAUGAUGGUGCCAGAUCGACUCAUUAUCAUUCGCGUUAGAAUGGCCUCAUGUGGUUUCAUUGACAACCUCACUCUUGCCAAAAAGUUUUUCAACCUCUACAAUCUGUGCGAAGAGCAGCUCAGCAACCAGGUUCACUACGACUUUGGACUCCGGAACAUCCUUUCAGUACUGCGAACCCUCGGUGCAGUUCGACGAAGCAGUCCAGAGGAAGGAGAGAAUAAGAUCGUCAUGAGGGUACUGAGAGACAUGAACCUUUCCAAGUUGGUAGAUCAAGAUGAGGCUCUCUUUCUUUCUAUUCUACGGGACCUCUUCCCCGGUGUGAAUCUCGGACGCAGUCGUAAGGAUCCUGAGAUUGGCGAGACUCUGGAACAUAAUGCAGAGGAAAUGAAUCUCAUCGCUCACAGGCCUUGGGUUCUCAAGGUGUUGCAGCUUUACGAAACACAGAAGGUGCGUCACGGGCUGAUGAUUUUGGGCCCCUCCGGCUCGGGCAAGACGAAGUGUGUGGAGGUGCUGUUGAGGACUCUUUCCGAGGUGGACGAGGUGAGACGCGAGGUCCGUAUGAAUCCCAAGGCCAUUACAACCUCGCAAAUGUUUGGGCGCUUGGACGUUGCAACUAACGACUGGACUGAUGGCAUCUUCUCCACCUUGUGGCGACGGACUACGCGAAUGAAGCCAAAGGAGCACUGCUGGCUCGUACUUGAUGGCCCUGUAGACGCGAUUUGGAUUGAGAAUCUAAACUCUGUGUUGGACGAUAACAUGACUCUCACUCUCGCUAAUGGAGAUCGUAUUCCUAUGGCACCCAGGUGUAAAAUUCUAUUUGAGGUGGACAAUGUGGAUAACGCGUCGCCUUCUACCAUUUCACGCAAUGGAAUGGUCUUCAUCAGCUCGUCUACUAUAAACUGGGAACCAUUAAUCAAGACUUGGAUUAACUCGCGCCUCAAACCCCAGAGAGCAAGGCUCACAGAACUGGCUACCGCUAUUCUCCCACCAAUAAUCAAAUUCGUCACACGGGAAGUUCAGGUGAAUAUGCCCUUCCUAGAGGCGUUUUACGUAGCCCAAUUUCGUACCAUCUUUGACGCUGUCUCCACCCCUGAGGCUUCGGAGCCGAUGCUUCUAGAAAUGUACUUUCUCUUUGCUCUUACGUGGUCUUUUGGCGCUCUGUUGGAAAGAUCAGAUCGAGCGAAAUUUGACGAACACUUACGGAACACUGAGGUGUUCGGAAGAUUAUUCAUGCCACCUCCAACAAUUCGAGGCAAAGCGGUCACUAUCUUUGACUACAGGGUUGAUCACCAACAUGGGCGUUGGGACUACUGGGGAUCGUCAGUGCCGAGUUACGACUAUCCCAAACGGGGAUACGUGGAGUUUGAGCGAGUGCUAGUGCCGAAUCAGGAUAAUGUGAUUACCGAGUUCCUGGUUCAAAAUGUUUGUAAGACAGGCCGUUCUGUCCUACUCUUCGGUGAACCGGGCACAGCUAAGACGGCCAUCAUCAACAAGUAUAUGCAAUCAUUCAGCGAAGACACAGAUAUUGCCAGAAACUGCAACUUCUCGUCUGCCACCACCCCUUUCUCCUUUCAGACCUCCAUGGAAACCUUCGUGGACAAGAGAGUGGGAUUCACCUUCGGCCCUCCACUGGGCAAAAAACUAACCAUAUUUAUUGAUGACAUCAGUAUGCCCGUGGUGAACGAGUGGGGUGAUCAGGUGGCCAAUGAAAUCGUGAGGCAGACCAUGGAGUGUGGCGGUUUCUACAGCCUCCGCAAACCCGGUGAAUUCAUCACCAUUGUGGAUGUGCAGUUCACAGCCGCGAUGGUAACUCCCGGUGGCGGUCGAAAUGACAUUCCUAUGCGUCUAAAGCGUCAGUUCUGCUUGUUUAACUGCAGUCUACCCAGCGACGCUUCAAUAGACACCAUCUUUACUACAAUCGCAGUAGGGCACUUCUCUAUGGACCGUGGUUUCACCAGGGAAGUUCAAGAGCUGGCUAUCACCCUUGUCCCACUUACCCGACGCAUUUGGGCUUCUGUCAAAGCUAAGAUGCUCCCAACUCCACGGAACUUCCAUUACAUCUUCAAUCUACGCGAUCUCAGCCGCAUAUGGAGAGGCAUCACCUUUGCUACAAGCGAAGUAUUCCAGACUCGCGAAUACUUGAUCCUCCUGUGGAGAAACGAGCUCACACGUGUGCUAUCAGAUAAAUUGACUAGUGCAGAGGACAAAUCAUGGUUCACUGACAAUCUGCAUCAGCAAACAAUCGGUUUUUUUGGAGAGGGCAUGAAUUCCGUUCUGACUCAAAAAGUCUCGUUCUGCGACUUCAUGCGUGCUAUUAUAGAUAACAAAAAGUAUUUUGUCUUCAAGGUGUUUGAGAUAGAGGCAUUGAGGCAGCGCCUAAUGCAAUACCUGGAGACAAUGAACUCAGAGAACCAUGGAGCACCGCUGAAGGUGGUCUUCUUUAAUCAAAUCAUCGGUCACAUUGUCCGUGCCUGUCGUGCACUCCGCUCCGAUCGGGGCAACCUCCUCAUGAUUGGAGUUGGUGGCAGUGGCAAGGCUACCACCAUCAAAUUGGCCACUUAUGUUUGUGGCUACCGACUCUUCACCAUCAACACCAGAAGGCAUUUCUCUUGUGAUAGCUUGAAUGGUUUAUUUAUGCUCCGAAAUGCUGAAGUUAGGGCUUAUGCGUACACAAUGACGAAUUUGUUAGAGGAUAUCAAGCUGAUCUAUCGACGAGCCGGGAUGGAAGGCAAGGGCAUUGUGUUUCAGUUCAAUGACACAAAUGUCAAAGAUGAGAUUUUCUUGGACCACAUCAACAACAUUCUUAUGGGUGGCAUGGUAGAGACAUACUUUAACCGCGAGGAGUUAGAGGAGGCGGGCAACAGCAUAAUCACAAUCUACCGUCGGGAGAAUCCGCACCAAUCGUGCGAAGGGCACCAGCUUACCGAUUUUUUCCUUUCGCGGGCGCGGCGCCAUAUGCACAUCGCUUUGCUCUUCUCACCGAUCGGAGAGCGUUUACGAGCGCGAGCUCUCGCAUUCCCCGGCCUAGUGGCGGGCUGCACCAUCGAUUGGUUCCAUGCCUGGCCACGCGACGCCCUCGUCGCAUGUGCGGAACGCGUUCUCCAGGAGCCCUCCGCUCUUGCACCCACUCUCACCAAUCCCAGCGUCUGUGCCGCCUGUGUCGAUGUAGUCGCUGAUAUUCACCUCUACAUCGAUCGCUUAUGCACCAGCUACGCUCGCAUCACUCGACGCAUCAAUCGCGUUACGCCUAAGACGUUUUUCCACUUCCUUCAUGCUUGUAAGACUAUUUACAGUCGAAAGUUUGCAGAACUGACGGAAAUAGCACAUCGAAUGGACACGGGUGUUCGGCGACUGCAGGAGGCACGAGAGUCCAUCACCUUUCUUAAAACUGAACUAGCGGUGGCUGAAGAGGACCUAAAAGAAGCAAACUACCUCGCCGAACAGGUUCUUCAGCGUGUCCUUCAGGAGACAGAGACCGCUGCUGACGCCAAGUCUCGUGUCGAAGUGCUUAAGCAGCGGUGCGAGGGAAUAGUCCAGUCUAUGGAGAUUGAUCGCGAGGAGGCCCAAGAAAAGUUAGUGGCCGCACAGCCAGCUCUGAAAGAGGCCGAAGAGGCUCUCAACACUAUCAAAGUCGGUGACAUUGCCACUGUUCGCAAGUUGCAGAAGCCGCCAAAUCUCAUCAUGCGCAUUAUGGACUGCGUCAACAUCCUCUUCUAUAGGCCUAUGGUGCCAAUACAAGUUGACCCCGAGAAACCGCAAUUCUUCACACCUUCAUGGGCAGAAUCGAUUCGCUUCUUGUCAAACCAGAAUUUUCUCACCUUGCUCAUUAACUAUCCAAUGCACAUUCUAACGGAAGAGAUGAUAGACCUGAUAGAGCCGUACACAAACGCGCCAGACUACAACCCACAGAGUGCACGAAAGACUUGUGGUAAUGUGGCGGGUCUGCUUCAGUGGACCCUGGCGAUGGUGAAGUACUUCUUUGUGAGUAAGGUGGUAGUCCCUCUACAGGAUAGCCUGAAAAAAUCUGAGCAACUAUUGGAGAGGGCACAGGGCCAAUUGAUAGAAGUAGAAGCGGAGUUGGAAGAGAAGGCGGUGGUCUUGAAUAAGGUGCAGGCGGAGUAUGAGGUGGCAAUGAGGCGGAAGCAGAAGCUAAAGGACGAGGCGGAUCUCUGCAUUCGACGCAUGGACACGGCAAAUCAAUUGAUUGACGGUCUGAGUGGUGAGGCUACGAGAUGGAGCGAGACCUCGAGGUAUCAUAAACAGGAGAUAGUUCUGCUGACCGGAAAUGCAAUUGCUCUGGCAGUCUUCCUCACCUACAUGGGUGGGUUUAAUCAGGCUGUCAGACUCUCGGCGCUGAAGUAUUGCGUACGCCUUCUAAAAAAGUAUGGAGUUCCACAGAGUGAAAGGCUAGACUGUGUUAAAGCCUUGGCGUCUCCCACUACCGUAAGCAGAAUUGGGUUAAAGCAAAUUACUUUCUUGAAUUUCCUCCUAAUUUUUCGCCAACCAGAUACGCGAGAGGAACUUCACUGUGUCUUUACUGACCGAAAGGGGCUAUGGCCAGUAUGCGCGCUCCUGGUGGUGAAUGAAUGGAACGUACAGGGCCUUCCACUGGACGAACUGUCCAUCCAAAAUGCUGUCAUAGCAACGGCCAGACUGCGCUAUCCCCUGUUAAUUGAUCCCCAAGGUCAGGGCAAGAAGUGGCUUACAAAUCUCUACGCUGGCAGAGUAAUAGUUACCUCCGUUUCGAGCAAGAAGUUCAAAACUGACGUCGAGGAGGCUUUGAACACGGGAAAAAAUCUUAUUGUAGAGGGAAUUAUGGAGGCAAUAGAUUCAGGUCUCGACCGACUCAUCACACAGUCAUUCUAUACAGUAGGAACUACUUUGCAGGUGAAAAUAUGGGACUUCGAGACCACGGUUGAUCCGAAAUUCCAGCUCUUCCUCACCACCCAACUGGCCAAUCCCGUAUUCACGCCCGAGUUGCUUGCCAACACAGCCCUCAUUGACUUCAGUGUGACCGUAAAGGGACUGGAAGACCAACUUUUGGCGCAUGUGGUGUCAGUGGAACGAGAAAAACUGGAAAGCCUGAGAAUAGAACUACUCAACAGCACCAUGGAGAACAAGAAACGUAUUGAGUCCCUGCAAAUCAACCUGCUCUACCGGCUGGCCAACACGAAGGGCUCCUUAGUAGACGAUCAGGAUUUACUGGAGGUUUUAAAAUCUACAAAGAUUACUUCAGAGGGGGUGAUGGAGCAGUUGGCUAAAUCCAAAGAGGCAGAAGCGGAGAUUGAGGCGGCGCGCGAGGAGUACCGCCCGGUAGCAGAGCGAGGUGCCCUCAUUUUCUUUCUCCUUGAGGACAUGGCCAAAGUAAACCGCAUGUAUGAGACAGGUCUGCCACAGUUUCUCGUACUCUUUAACGAAUCUUUGAUGAACUCCGAAGAGUCUUCCGUGACACAGAAGCGGAUUCAUAAGAUAGUCAAGUACAUGACGAAGUGUAUGUGGAGAUUCUACACACGAGGCUACUAUAAGAAGGACUUUGUGAUGUUUACGCUGUCCCUGGCAAUGAGAAUUGAAUUGCAGAUGAAAAAUAUUUAUAAGGAUGAGGUGGAGGUAUUUCUGAGGGGUGGUUCGGCUCUCAGUUUGCUCACUUGCCCACCAAAACCGGCCAAAUGGAUAGCUGAUGAUGUUUGGCUCAACAUCAAUGCCUUGUCGAGGUUGCCGGCUUUCACUUCACUGGUAGAUCAGGUGAUAGGGAGCGAGCGCCGAUGGCGCAGAUGGCACGAGGUCGAGGCGCCAGAGGAGAGCGUUUUCCCACUCAACUACGACACCGACCUCUCCACCUUUGGACGUCUUCUUUUCAUCCGCACCUGGUGCCCCGAUCGCGUAGUGCACCAGGCCCGCAAGUACAUCAGCGAAACUCUGGGCCACAGGUUUGCAGAGGAGACCCUCCUCAAUGUGGAAGAGAUCUACGCCGACUCAACACCCAAAACCCCCAUCAUAAAUCUUCUCACAGUUGGCGCAGAUCCCACUUUACUGAUAGAGCAGUUGGCACGCCGAAUGCAAACCGAACUUCAUUUCAUUUCCAUGGGCCAAGGUCAGGAGAUCCACGCACGCCAGUACAUUGCACAGGCAAUGCGCCAGGGCUCCUGGGUACUACUACAGAACUGCCACCUCUGUCUUGAUUACAUCAAUGAACUGUCCACUCUCCUAGCAGGAGUAAGGGUGGAAAGCGAAGCAUAUCACAGAGUUCCAACAGAUCCUCAUUCACGUACCGACAGCCCAGAUGAAUCUCUCAUGGACCAGCACACCGCGCUACCCAAUAUCAGCCACACCAAUAGCAAGAGGCUAGUGACAUCAGACCAGUUUCGUCUGUGGAUCACCACGGAGGAGCACAGUCGAUUUCCGAUUAACUUUUUGCAGAUGUCAGUGAAAUUCAUCAACCAACCACCCGAGGGCUUACGCUCGGGUCUGAUAAAAACCUUCUCCGAUAUCUCUCAGGACCUCCUAGACUCCUGUGUUAGUAUGCACUGGAAGGUCGUCCUCUACGCAUUGGCGUUUCUACACCGAACCUUGGAGGGAAGAAGAAAAUUCACGCCGAUGGGGUGGUCGGUGCCGUAUGAGUUCAAUCUGGCGGAUUAUAGUGCCUCGGUGGAGUUCAUGCGAAGUCACAUUGAUGAGAUCGAGGUUAUGAAAAGAAAUGUCAGAUCUAGCGGCAUAGACUGGAAGUGCGUGCGCUACCUUCUCUCGGAGAUCCAAUUCGGUGGACGCAUCACCGACCCCGAGGACACUGUGAUAAUGGUGACACUCACUAAGCAAAUGUUCAAGGAACGCAUGUUUCAGCCUGAAUAUGAACUCGCACCAGGCUAUAUCAUUCCACAUUUGUCCACUGUGAACCAGUAUCUUGGAUACAUCCAUUCUCUGCCUAGUCAGGAAUCUCCCGAGUCCAUCCACCUCCAUCCCAAUGCGGAAAUUGCGUACUCAACCCAGUUCACCGAGAGCAUGAUUGCCAGCAUUCAGGCCAUCACAGAUCUAGAAGUCAUUCAGGACAUAGAAGGGGCAGCUGACAUCUACGAAGCCUCUGAUACCACCACAGGACUCACAAAGGAGAUCCAAGUGCGUGAGAUCUGCGAGUCCAUGCUGUCCACCAUUCCACCGCCCUACAACCCCUUCACUCUACCCGAAAGGUUGAAGACUCUCGGUAGUCUCAAACCAGUCGUUAUCUUCCUGCGGCAGGAAAUCGAUCGUAUUUCAAAACUUCUUAAAGUCACGAAGAGGGUAUUGAGCAAUUUAGUUGAUGCCAUAGAUGGAAAGGUCGUCCUAAAUGAGAACCUCCGCGAUGCCAUGGACUCGAUUUACCUUUCCAAGGUUCCUGCAAUUUGGCUUAGGAUCUCCUGGGAGGCUUCGACUUUGGGAUUUUGGUUCACGGAGUUGAAGGAGAGGAACGAUCAACUCCACUCUUGGCUCAGUGCAGGUGCCCCACAUUCAUUCUGGUUCCCGGGUUUCUUCAAUCCCAUGGGUCUUUUGACAGCCCUUCGGCAGGAGGUUAGUCGAGCACACGCUGGCUGGUCGCUUGAGUUUAUCAGACUGGAGAUAACAGUGACGAAGCGCCUGUAUGAAGACGUCACCGAGGCACCGAGAGAGGGUCUGUACAUCCACGGUCUCUUCCUCCAAGCCGCCUCGUGGGACAGACGCAGUAGUCGUAUCAUCGAACCCCGCCCUAAGCAACUUUUCGAUCCCGUGCCUGUCAUCCACGUCACCACGAGGUAUGAACUCACGCCAGAGGAGAUGCGUUUUCAGCAGCAGAAGGUCAUCGACGAGAAUGCUGUGCUUCUUGUACAGCAGAACAACAGCUCUAUUGUCCACAGGCCUGGCUCUCGCCUUGCACAACAAGAGGCGUCCAACACAUCCAUUGAAAAACUGGAUAUUCCAGUGUAUAAGAAGGCACGGAGGACUACAAAGAACUUUAUCACUCGUUUCACAAUCCCCUGUUCAAAAACAGCAGAUCACUGGAAAAUGCGGGGCGUGGCACUGCUCUGCGAUGUACACUAG